CAAAACACGCGUCUGCGUUUGAAUUUUUGUGGCUAGCGGGAGUUUUAAAUUUUUACUGAACUGACGAAAUUUCAUGUUUAAUUUACCAAUUUGCCUCUAGUAGAGAAUUAUUUUAGGUUUAAUUAUUUUAUGACAAGAAAACUGUUGACAGUAUGUUUAACGCUGACAAGCAACACUGCCUACGAAUUGCUGGCAAACCUAAGAAAAAUGUAUUAUCGACUCGGCGAAAGAUGAAAGUGCUAUCAUACUUGAAUUCGAAGCAUAUGGAUUCUAAGGGGAAUGGCAUUGAAAAGAAUGUUGAUGAAAUACAAGAUGAAUGCAUUUUUGAACAUGGAAAAGAAGUACUAACGUUUCUUCAGAAUGAACAAGUUUAUAUUGAGCACUUAAAAGAGCUCCAACAACUUUUAUCACAUCCUAUGUUGAGAGGGAGUAUACCAUCUCUGGAAAAUCUGAAUAAUUUUGUCAAUGAAAUGCUUUUGAUUCAUGAAAACCUGCACAAUGUUAUCAUUUCUGGAGAAUGUAACUUAGCAGAAGCAUUAAAUCAGUUAUCAUCGAAUCUGAAACUAUAUACUUCUUAUUCUCGAAUUCUCGAUAUGGAUAUAACAUCAUUACAGAAAUUUUUAAAAUUCUAUAAAGGAAACACAGAUGAUUGCCAGCAGCUUCUCCGUGAACCUCUGUCUCAUAUUGCAAGGUAUAAAAAAAUAUUUGAAAAUCUGUGUAAUGCUAUGCCAGAUGAACCACAAUACAGAAGUAUUUUAUGUGCUGUUGAAAAGGCAUUGACUGGAAUGGAAAUGCUAUCAUCUUUACGAAAGAAUUAUACCCGUAUGUAUCAGAUACAGAAACUUUUCAUUAAUCGUAAUCCCAAAAUUAUCUUCCCAGGUAGACUAUUACUAAAAGAAGGAUAUCUAUUUCAGGUAAAAUGUAAAAAACAACGUCUGAAGAAGCAAGUAGCUUUUCUUUUCAGUGAUAUUCUUCUAUGCUGCAGAGUGGUGAUUCCAUCUGUUGACUAUGAUAUAAAAGAAUCUCUGAAGUGCAUUGCUGUGUUUCCUCUCAAUAUUUGCACAGUUUCAAGCGUAAUGGGCAGUAAUUCCAUGGAAGGGACUCUCUUCAAGAUAAACUAUGGAAAUCUCUCUUAUUUAUUUUUAUGUAAAAUUCCUGGAGAGGGUAGCAUUUGGAUUCAAGAAAUUCAAACAGCCAUCAAAAAGUUUAAAGAUCCAUCUACCGAAGGAAAGCCAGCAUUAAAUCUCAAACGAAAUGUUGCUGUGAAAUCUCGAAAAGUGCCAUUUUUAAGAAAAGCCUAUAGAUCUGAAAGCACAAUUAAAAAUAAAGAAAUUGAAACUGAACAGUAUUCUACAGAUCUGGUGAAAUAUGGUUCUGUGAGAAGCUUCUAUGAAAAAUUUAUCAUGUGCCGUAAUGUAACUAACAAAUGAAAAAAUUUUGUCCUGCUUUUCAGUAAUGUUAUAUCCAUUAACUUUUAAUCAGGCUAAUUGUGAUGAACCAUGAUCUUCAGAGUUUUUUAAAAACAUUACGCUGCUUAUGGGAAAAAUUGACAACUGAUCUUUGCUUUUAACAAAUACUUUUGAUACAGGUCUUUAAUCAUGUUGAUGAUCAUUAAUUUUAACGGUGUAAACUUUAAACUGUGAUAAAACCGAUUUUUAAUGUAGGCAUGUAUAUUAUGUGCAUCACAUUUAUUUUUAACAAAUAUUUUGUACCUGAAAAAGUGAAUUAAUUGUAUAGUGUACUUAUAUUUCAGAAAUGUAAUAGAAAUUCUACAGUUGUGUAAUUUAUUGAUCUCUGUGCUAUUUGUUUAAUUUCAUAUUUACAGAAAUGAACUGAAAGAAACGAAUGGGUGCCUUUUCUUAUUACAUGCAUGUCUAUUUAUGUAAAAUGAUUUUCAUCUCUAUAUUAACAAGACAUCGCAAUUUCAUAUAAUAAAAUUAAAGGAAUUAAAACUUUA